AAUUGGCCGCAGCCGUCCGCGUUCGCGUGUUCGCCACCCGUAUUGCAUUUGUUUCGCGCGCGUUCUGUCGCUCGCUCGUUCGUUGGUCCUUAUACAAAAUUACUAUUGCCACCGGCGUCACAUUCACCCCCUUACCCACCAGCAUCACGCUACAAACACCACUGCUGCCCGCAGAAGACUAUUCGUCACUAUACUCGCACCACUGUCUCGUAGUCUCCGGGUGAAAGGAAAAUAAUGCCGAGCCAACAACAAGAACGCAUCAGGUUAUCUUCGAUGGGUGGGGAAUCGACUUGCAGUAACAGUAGCAGCGGAGGCAGUGGCAGUGGCAGUACGACAAUGAAAAUUCGGAGACGAGUGGUAAUGAUGGGUGCAGCUAGGGUUGGAAAAACGUCCAUAAUUAAGCAAUUCCUGUAUGACCAAUUCCCUGACCGAUACAAAGAGACUAUCGAGGAAUUGCACAGAGGAGACUAUGAAUUACCCGAUGGAGCACGGUUGACAUUAGAUAUUUUGGACACAUCAGGAGCUUAUCAAUUUCCAGCUAUGCGAGAGUUAUCUAUAUCAACUGCUGACGCAUUUCUGUUAGUCUUUUGUGUAGACAGAGAAGAUACAUGGGAUCAAGUUAAACACUUUAAAGAACAAAUAAUUGAAAGAAGAGGACCAAAAAUUCCAAUAGUCAUUGUAGGCAACAAGUGUGAACUAUCUGAACGAUUUUUACCAGUGGAAAUUACUGAAGCAAUAUCCAAAUAUGAUUGGGAAUGUGGCUAUAUGGAAUGCUCAGCCAAAGAGAAUAGAAAUAUAGUACAGGUAUUCAAGGAACUCUUAGCUCAGGCAAAGGUUCAAUAUAAUUUGAGCCCAGCUGUAAGGCGCAGACGUAUGUCCUUACCAAAUUACGUGGAUAACAGUUCAGGAUCCACCAAAGGACGUUACAUGCUCAAAAGAAAUUCCUGCACAGUGGCCUAAUACAGAAGAUCUAUGAUAAUAUUCAAUUAAAAAAUAAUAAUAAUCUUAUUUUGAUUAUUUUAGGCGCUGGUGUGAACAAUAAAUAAAUAACAUAAUUUAUUUUGUUCUUGUAAAUGAUAUACAUAAUAUCAAAUGAACACUCAAGAUUCAAAAAUAUCUUGAGGCGUAAUAUAAUGAUGCGUAAAAUUAUCUUUAAGAAAUUUUAGCUUCGUACAAUAUAAAUGAUUUUCAUACAAAGAUUAUACGAUUGGUUAUAAUAAUAGUUCAAUACUAUUUUAAAAACACAUCAUUAUGAUUUGUUGUACUCAAACAACUUAAAAAUAAUAUAUUUUAUUUUAUUUUUGCUUAAAAUGAACAACGCGGUUAAGUCUACACGAAACGGGCCACAACUACGUAUGCACGGGUAUAUAGUGUUUACAGAGAUUUAAUCAUUUUGACGCGGAUACGACAUGUAAUAGCACAAUAAUUAUUAUCAUUAAUCUUUGUACCGACCAUUUUUGUAGGUGUUUUUAUUUAUCCAAACACUUCAAACUCAUUCGAAAUUAACUUUACUGUACUGAGAAAUUGAUGAAUAUGAUCUAAAUUCUUUGAUAAACAAAUUAUUCAAAUAUGCUUUUAAAUGCAAAAUGUCAAAAUAUGCAAAAUCAAAUUUUAA